GCGACCGGGAAGGACGUUGGUGCUGAGGAAGGACAGUCCACCACCAUGGCGCCCAGUGCUUUGGGGAAGCCUCAGAUGUGGGGCCUGCUAGCCCGUCGCCUGCGAGUUCACAUUAUCGGAGCCUUUGUAGCGGCGCUGAGCGCCGCGGCUCUGUAUAAGUUUGCUGUGGCUGAGCCGAGGAAGAAGGCAUAUGCAGAUUUCUACAGGAAUUAUGACUCCAUGAAGGAUUUUGAAGAGAUAAAGAGGGCUGGCAUCUUCCAGAGCACAAAGUGACUGGGAAUGGAAAGCAUUGCUUUGGACUGAAUUCUUUCGAAGUUUGUCACUGACCUGUGUUCCUGAACUAUGAAACAUUAAACAUGUGGAAUAAGGAAUAAUCUGUUGAUAAAUAAAUAAAUACUCUGGAAAAAAAAAA